CCUAGUUGACGGAGACCACUGUGCUGUGAGUGUAAAAGAUUUUCUUCGUCUCCACAGAAGCUUCUCUCUUCUCUGCGCUUUGGCCGCCGUCGUUGACGCCCGGGCUGGGGUUUUUGGUCGCGACGCCGCGGCUUGAUCCCCUUAAAGUGCGAUCUCUGUGCGCUCUGGGGCGGCAAGAUCCCCUUCUUGUGGAUCCAUCGAUCGAUAAAUUUCCAGCGCUUGCCUUGGAUCGCAUUGCAUUGUGCUUCUUGUGCUUGAUUUUGAUUCGGCAAUGGAGUCCCAGCUUAGAGAGCUCCGGGAAUUAGAGCCCGAGGUGAAGAAUGCGUCCCUUGGGAUUCCACUGCGAGGAAGCUCUCGCGAUGUCUAUGGGGAGGAUAGCGCUACCGAGGAUCAGCUUGUUACUCCGUGGGUUCGAGCUGUGGCCAGCGGCUGUGAGCUCCUCCGAGAUCCGCGCUACAACAAAGGCCUUGGAUUUACCGAAAGGGAGAGAGACAUACAUUAUCUUCGAGGACUUCUUCCUCCGGCCUAUUUCUCCCAGGAUCUUCUCGAAGCUCGCGAGCUCGACAACAUUCGUGGCUAUGAGGAUCCUUUGCAAAAAUACGUUGCCAUGAUGGAACUCUCGGAAAGGAACGAGCGAUUGUUCUAUAAGCUUCUCAUUGAUCACGUCGAAGAGCUUCUCCCCAUCGUCUACACGCCGACUGUGGGCGAGGCGUGCCAAAAGUAUGGAUUGAUUUUCCGUCGUCCACAUGGCCUCUACAUCAGCCUGAAAGAAAAGGGUAGAGUUUUGGACGCAUUGAGGAACUGGCCAGAGAAAAACGUCCAGGUUAUUGUCGUUACCGAUGGUGAGCGUAUCCUUGGUCUCGGUGAUCUUGGACUACAGGGCAUGGGUAUUCCUGUCGGAAAACUUUCUUUGUACACAGCUCUCGGAGGAAUUCGUCCUUCUCUGUGUUUGCCUAUCACGAUUGACGUUGGUACCAACAACAAAAAACUACUUGAUGAUCCCUACUACAUCGGCUUGAAGCAAAAGCGUGUAACUGGAGAGGAAUAUGACUCCCUCAUUCACGAGUUCAUGGUUGCUGUCAAGCAAGAAUACGGAGAGAAGGUUUUGGUUCAGUUCGAGGACUUUGCGAAUCACAAUGCAUUCAAGCUUCUUGCUAAGUACGGGAGAUCUCAUCUCGUUUUUAAUGAUGACAUUCAGGGAACCGCGGCUGUGGCUCUCGCUGGCUUGUUGGCUAGUCUCCCUCUAACAGGUGGAACUUUGGCUGACCAUAAGUUCCUCUUCCUUGGUGCCGGCGAGGCUGGCACUGGUAUUGCGGAGAUUAUCGCCAUGGAAAUUUCACGACAGGGAGGAAUUUCAUUGGAAGAAGCACGAACGAAGAUUUCGCUUGUCGACUCAAAGGGGCUCAUCGUCAAGUCGCGAUUGGAAUCUCUGCAGCAUUUCAAGAGAGACUGGGCCCAUGAACACGAACCUUGCAAGGACUUGCUGACUUCUGUGAAGGCAUUGAAACCCACAGUUUUGAUCGGAACGUCAGGGCAAGGACAAACAUUCACCAAGGAAGUCAUCGAGGCUCUUGCUUCCUUUAACAAGAAACCAAUUAUCAUGGCGUUGUCGAAUCCUACGUCUCAGUCCGAGUGCACAGCGGAGCAAGCUUAUACCUGGACCAAGGGUAACUGCGUGUUUGCGAGUGGAAGUCCGUUCUUGCCAAUCACAAUUGACGGCAAAACUUACUACACUGGUCAGUCCAACAAUGCAUACAUCUUCCCAGGAAUUGGACUGGGCUGCACCAUGUCGGGAGCCAUCCGAGUCCAUGACGAUAUGUUCUUGAAAGCUGCUGAGGCACUGGCAGCACUCGUCACCAAAGAACACUUGAACCUGGGGCUGGUCUUCCCUCCCUUCCAAAACAUCCGGAAGAUCUCAGCACACAUCGCCGCUGCUGUGGCCGAGACAGCAUACGAAAAAGGCGUUGCUACGAGACUUCCCAAACCAGCGGAUUUGCUCGCGUACGCGGAGAGCUGUCAAUACAGCCCCAGCUUCCGCCAAUACCGUUGAUAAACCAUGAAACGUAUCACACUUUCCCUGCACUUAUAUAGAACGGGGAAAUUUUAUCAUGUGAUUUUCUUAUGAACCAUAGUAAAUCCUGAGGUGUGAUUUUUAUCUGGA